AAGCGACCGCAACAAGGGAAACUUUAUUGUUCCCGGCAGGGCGGCGAAGGAUGUCGGUGAACUACGCGGCGGGGCUUUCGCCGUACGCGGACAAGGGCAAGUGCGGACUCCCCGAGAUCUUCGACCCUCCGGAGGAGUUGGAGAGGAAAGUGUGGGAGCUGGCGCAGCUGGUCUGGCAGUCCACCAACGUGGUAUUCCACACAGGCGCGGGCAUCAGCACUGCCUCAGGCAUCCCCGACUUCAGGGGCCCCCAUGGCGUGUGGACGAUGGAGGAGCGGGGCCUGACCCCCACUUUCGACACCACCUUCGAGAGCGCCCGGCCCAGCCUGACGCACAUGGCACUGGUGCAGCUGCAGCGCGUGGGGCUGCUGCAGUUCCUGGUCAGCCAGAAUGUGGACGGGCUGCACGUCCGCUCCGGCUUCCCCAGGGACAAGUUGGCGGAGCUUCAUGGCAACAUGUUCAUAGAGGAGUGUGCCAAGUGUAAGACGCAGUACGUCCGGGACACCGUAGUGGGCAGUAUGGGCCUCAAGGCCACGGGCCGGCUCUGCACUGUGGCCAAGGCCCGGGGGCUGCGGGCCUGCAGGGGUGAGCUGAGAGACACCAUUCUGGACUGGGAAGAUGCCCUGCCAGACCGGGACCUCACUCUCGCUGAUGAGGCCAGCAGGAACGCAGACCUGUCCAUCACGCUGGGCACGUCCCUGCAAAUCCGGCCUAGCGGGAACCUACCCUUGGCCACUAAGCGCCGAGGUGGCCGGCUGGUCAUCGUCAACCUGCAGCCCACCAAGCACGACCGCCAGGCCGAUCUGCGGAUCCACGGCUACGUGGACGAGGUCAUGAGCCGGCUCAUGAAGCACCUGGGCCUGGAAAUCCCCGCGUGGGACGGGCCCCACGUGGUGGAGCGCGCGCUGCCCCCGCUGCCCCGCCCGCCGGCCCCCAAACUGGAGCCCAAGGACGAAGCUCCCGCCUCCGCCGCCAGCCCCAAGCAAGAACCCCAGGCUGCGCCCUGCGCGCAUCAGAACGGCUCGGGGCCCACCAGCCCCAAAAGGGAGCGACCGGACAGCCCCGCCCCCCAGAGGUCCCCCAAAAGGGUGAAAGCUGAGGUGGACCCCAGCUGACCAGGGGCUCCGGGGAGGGUGGGACUUUGUUUUGUAAAAACCCUGAAUUCUUUUUUUUUUUUUUCUUACCGCUCUCGCUCUC